UUUGCUCUUGGUUUUUCAUUUUUCUCAAAUUACUUCUAUGAAAGUUGCCAAAUCUCACUGUAUAGUACUAUAGGCCAUGAUUUUCUCUAAGAUUUCUAACAUCAGACCAUUCUCUACCUUCCUUUUGCCUGCCAAUUCUCAAUCUCUCUCCCUUGUUUCUCUAUUGAAGAGUGGUUUCACUCCCACCACCACUCACUUCAAUCAAUUCCUCCUCUUCCUUUCUAAAUCCAAAAGAUUCAAACUUAUCAUACACUUGGUGAAAUCAAACCAAUUCAAAGAAGAUUCCAAGACACGCAGAAUUUUCAUACAAGCCCUUGUCAAAGAGGAUAAAUAUGAUGAGGCAGUUCAGUACUUGAAGAAGAAGAAUACCCAGAUGGAGAAAAGCUUAUUUGAUUCAUUAAUUCAACCCCUCUGUAAAAGAAACCCUGAAAAGGCGCUUUCCAUACUGCAGGAUUGCUCAGUGAGUGAUGGUGUUUUGCUUUCUUCGUACACUUACUCUUCAUUGAUUUACUGUUUAUGUAGUCAGGGAAAGAUGGAUGAGGCAAUUCAUGUGUUAGAUUUGAUGAACAAUGAGAAAAAUAAAUACCCAUUUGAUAAUUUUGUAUGUAGUUGUGUGAUUUCUGGGUUUUUGAGUGUUGGAAAGGCUGAACUUGCUGUUAAGUUCUUUGAGAAUGCUGUGAGUUUAGGUUAUUUGAAGCCCAAUGUUGUUACUUAUACAGCACUAUUAAGUGCUUAUUGUAGGUUAGGAAGAAUCAACGAGGUUUCGGAUUUGGUUGCUAGGAUGCAGAUAUAUGGAUUAGAAUUAGAUGUUGUGUUUUACAGUAAUUGGAUAUAUGGGUAUUUUAGAGAAGGGGCAAUUGAAGAGGCACUCUGCAAACACAAUGAGAUGGUGUGUAGGAGAAUUGAGUUGGAUACAAUAAGCUAUACAAUACUUAUUGAUGGGUUUUCAAAGGAGGGGCAUGUGGAGAAAGCAGUUGGUUUCCUAUACACAAUGAAAAAACGUGGUCUGCAACCUAAUUUGGUUACUCUUACAGCAGUGAUAUUAGGAUUUUGCAAGAAAGGGAAACUGAGUGAGGCGUUUGCAGUGUUUACGAUAGUUGAAGAUUUGCAGAUUGAAACGGAUGAGUUUCUUUAUGCAGUGUUAAUUGAUGGUGUGUGCAGGAAGGGUGACAUAGAACGUGCAUUCGAACUGCUCGGUGAAAUGGAGAAGAGAGGCAUAAAACCUAGUGUUGUCACAUACAACACCAUUAUUAAUGGAUUGUGCAAAGCAGGGAGGAUGAUUGAGGCUGAUGAUGUGUCUAAGGGAUUCCCCGGAGAUAUUAUCACAUAUAGUACGUUGUUACAUGGUUAUAUGCAAGAAGAAAAUGUCACAGGAAUGCUAGAAACAAAAAAUCGAGUUGAAGCAGCUGAUGUUUCUCUGGAUGUUACUAUGUGCAACUUGCUUUUAAAAGGCUUGUUUUUGAUGGGGUUAUUUGAGGAUGCUCUUUCCAUAUAUAAGAAAAUAUCGGAUAUGGGCUUGACUUCCAAUUAUGUUACGUACUGUACAAUGAUUGAAGGUUACUCAAAAGUAGGAAUGCUAGAUGAGGCUCUUGAGAUAUUUGAUGAAUUUAGGAAGGCAUCUAUAACUUCAGCUGCAUGUUACAAUUGCACCAUUCAGGGGCUUUGUGAGAAUGACAUGCCGGACAUGGCAGUUGAAGUAUUUGUUGAACUAAUAGAUCGAGGUCUGCCUUUAAGUACAAGGAUCUAUAUGAUAUUAAUCAAAAAGAUCUUUGGAGUUAAGGGUGCUGAUGGAGUUUUAGAUUUGUUUCAGAGAUUGGGAAGAAUUGAGCAUGAAAAAUUUGGUUCAUUGUGUAACGAUGCUGUUUCUUUCCUGUGCAACAAAGGAUUAUCAGAGGCUGCAUUGGUGAUCCAAAGUAAUGGUUUUGUACUAAGCAAGAACUCUUACUAUCUUAUAAUGAGAUCUCUUCUCUAUGGUGGCAAAACCUUUUUGACUGGCCUCCUUUUGACAACAUUCAUAAAAAAUUAUGGGAUGUUUGAGCUUAGAGAAAAGGAGAUACUUGUGUACUUUCUUUGCAUUAAAAAUAUAGAAACUGCACUUCGGUUCCUUGCUACUAUGAAAGGUGACGUAUCUGCGGUAACUUUUCCUGCUAUAGUUUUGAGGACACUGACAAAAGGUGGCCGAUAUCUGGAUGCUUUUGACCUUAUUGUGGGAGCGGGAGAUAAGCUACCGCUCUUGGAUGUGGUUGACUACUCAAUUGUUAUUGACGGCCUUUGCAAAGGAGGACAUAUUGACAGGGCAUUAGAUCUCUGUAAUUUUGCCAAGAAUAAAGAAAUUUCUUUCAAUAUUGUAACCUAUAACUCAGUUAUCAAUGGGUUGUGUCGUCAAGGGUGUGUGGUUGAAGCUUUUCGGUUAUUUGAUUCAUUAGAAAAGAAUAAUAUAGUUCCUUCAGAAAUCACAUAUGGUAUACUCAUUGACACUUUAUCAAAAGAAGGUCUUUUAGAAGAUGCGAGGAGGUUGUUUGAGGAAAUGUCCCUAAAGGAUCUUAGACCGAAUACUCACAUAUACAAUUCAUUAAUUGAUGGAUGCAGCAAGUUAGGUCAAGUCCAGGAAACUUUGAAGCUUCUUCUUGAUUUGCAAGCUAAAGGCCUAACUCCAGAUGAAUUCACUGUCGGUGCAGUACUUAACAGCUAUUGUCAGAAGGGUGACAUGGAGGGAGCUCUUGGGUUCUUUUCUGAGUUCAAAACGAGAGGUACACUACCUGAUUUCUUGGGUUUCAUGUACUUGGUGAGAGGUUUAUGUGAUAAAGGAAGGAUGGAAGAAUCUCGAUGCAUUUUGAGGGAGAUGUUUCAAUCAAAAUCUGUCAUUGAUCUUCUUGGCAGAGUUGAAAGUGAAAUUGAAACAGAGUCAAUUAGAAGUUUUCUUUCUCUGUUGUGUGAGCAAGGAAGCAUCCAAGAGGCAGUUAAUAUUCUCAAUGAAGUGGUGUCCAUGUUUUUCCCCGUUAGAGAGAAGAGAGUCGAUUCUAAAAACUCGUCCUGCAAAUACAAAACAGAUAUAGACUCCAGAUCAUGCGAGAGUUGGACAUCAGUGAAGGCAUCAAACAACCGUCAUAAUAAAGACACUCAAAUAACACAGUUCCUCGACUUCAAUUCUUAUUAUUCUUGUAUUGCUUUAUUGUGUUCAAAAGGGGAGUAUGAUAAUGCUAAUGAAGUGGCAAAAAUUGUUACUGGUUUCACGUAGAGCUUAUUUGUCUUCAGACAAAAUUGACUAGCUUCUCUAGAUAUGGUUUGAGCUCUUCUAGUGUUUCUUGCCGUAAACAAAGAAUCAUACAAUCAUACCAGAGCUAUAUUGGGUGGAAAAAGAAUUGGAAGCCUUACACCAAGAAGAGCAAAUCUUGGCCUCUAAAGGCACCCAAGGGUGUGGCCUAGUGGUCAAUGAAGUGGUUGAGAACCCUAAGGUCUCAGGUUCAAAACUCAACGGAGACAAAAAAAAUACUAGGUGAUUCUUCCCAUCUGUCCUGGCCUUGGUGGACAUACAUGUUGCUGGUGGGAGGUGGCAGGUAUUCCAUGGAAUUAAUUAGUCGAGGUGUGCGAAAGCUGACCCAAACACCACGGUCAUAAAAAAAAUAAAAAAAUAUUGGCCUCUAAAGCUAGUUGUUAGGAAACUUGGCACGAUGGACUUAGUAGUAUUCUUUCUAAAACAGAAGUACAGGGGAAUUUGAACUU